UGCUAUUAAAGAGGUUAAAUAUUAAUCAAAAAAGGUAAGUAAAUGGCCAUUAUGGCCACUUUCCAGGUGUAUUGCCACAUGAGCAAAGCCAAGAUAUCUCCUUAUGAUCUUUCUCAUUAGUAAUUGAGUCUCAAAGAUUCCAUGUAGGAAAGUGUCUGAUAAAAUAGGCGAGAGUCCUAUCUUAAUUUCAAAUAUUUUCAGAAUGGACAAUUACUGCAGUAGGCAUCACUUCAAGCAAAGUCAAAUUUACAAGGGGUACAAAACUCCCAUUUUCCAAAGCUUGGAGGGACCAAUCCAGUCUGAAAAGUCUUUAGCAAAAACUGAGAAUUUUAACUCAACUCAGAGAAGACAAUUUCGUUCCCAAUCUUCUCAAAAUUAUCUUGAGGGCUCAAUCCCAGUUUCAGUAUUUAAUACGCAAGGUGAUGAUGAGAAGAACCUUGAUGAUCAGGUGAGAAGGCAUAUCCACUUCCUGAAAUCCAGAUUCAGUGCGAAUCCUACAACAAGCUACAUGAAGGGAGGAAUCAGUCUGAAGCACUCUUUUAGCAGCCAGCUCAAACAACUCAAGAGAGGUAUACCUAAAAGAAGGUAUAACAGCUCGUAUAAGGGAAGAGGACUGAAGCUUAGAAAGACUAAGAAACUUGGCCUUCAAAACUCGAUUAAAAAGAUACUCAAAAUCAAGAAGGUGGCUAGCAUAAAGCCAAAGAGAAUAGUGAUUCGUUCUGAGAUAAAAACUCCAGUUCAGGAAGAAAGUUGGAGGGAGACCCACAGAAAUUCAAUGGACAGCAUGGCUGAAAGUUCUUUUAAUAAAAACAGUUUCCUAUUGCAGUCCUGGAAGAGUGAUAUUGAUUUCCAUUCUAGAGGAAUUCAGAUACAGCCAAAGGAGGAUACACUCCAAGCUUCUAAAAACCAAUGGAUUAACUUAGAAUGAGCAGAUGUAUUUCCUAAAACUCUCGAUUAUCUUCAUAAGAAUGAGUCCACGAGAAUGGACAAAGUCGGGCAUAUGAACUCAUCAAAGCCAGUAAUACCAUCAAAAUUCAUGGACAAGAAGUUUUCCUUGUCUGCAAGGAAGAUGUAAUCUCCAAUUAAGCUAUGGCAGCCUCUUGUUUCAGAUCUACUAGCCCAAGUCCAUUAUGCAGAUUUACUUAACCCUUAUGCUGAGUUU